AUGGCCUCUGGCGAUGCUGAGAUGGCUGUUUUUGGGGAGGCAGCUCCUUACCUCCGAAAAUCGGAGAAGGAGAGAAUUGCAGCCCAGAACAAACCUUUUGAUGCCAAGUCAUCAGUCUUCGUGGCUCAUCCCAAAGAAUCCUUUGUGAAAGGGACAAUCCCGAGCAGGGAAUCGGGAAAAGUCACUGUCAAGACUGAAGGGGGAGAGACCCUGACUGUGAAGGAAGACCAAGUCUUCUCCAUGAACCCUCCCAAGUAUGACAAAAUCGAGGACAUGGCCAUGAUGACCCACCUGCACGAACCCGCUGUGCUGUACAACCUCAAAGAGCGUUACGCAGCCUGGAUGAUCUACACCUACUCGGGUCUCUUCUGCGUCACUGUCAACCCCUACAAGUGGCUGCCGGUGUACAACCCCGAGGUGGUGUUGGCCUACCGAGGCAAGAAGCGCCAGGAGGCCCCUCCACACAUCUUCUCCAUCUCUGACAACGCCUAUCAGUCCAUGCUGACUGAUCGGGAGAACCAGUCCAUCCUGAUCACCGGAGAAUCCGGGGCCGGGAAGACUGUGAACACCAAGCGUGUCAUCCAGUACUUUGCAACAAUUGCAGCCAGUGGAGAGAAGAAGAAGGAAGAACAUGCGUCAGGCAAAAUGCAGGGAACGCUUGAGGAUCAAAUCAUCAGCGCCAACCCCCUGCUGGAGGCCUUUGGAAAUGCCAAGACCGUGAGGAACGACAACUCCUCACGCUUUGGUAAAUUCAUCAGAAUCCAUUUUGGUGCCACAGGCAAACUGGCUUCUGCUGAUAUUGAAACAUAUCUGCUGGAGAAGUCCAGAGUCACUUUCCAGCUCAAGGCGGAAAGGAGCUACCACAUCUUUUAUCAGAUCAUGUCCAACAAGAAGCCAGAGCUAAUUGACAUGCUUCUCAUUACCACCAAUCCUUAUGAUUUCCACUUUGUGAGUCAAGGUGAGAUCACAGUCCCCAGCAUUGAUGAUCAGGAGGAGCUGAUGGCCACAGAUAGUGCCAUUGACAUCCUGGGCUUCAGUGCUGAUGAGAAAACAGCCAUCUACAAGCUGACAGGGGCUGUCAUGCACUAUGGGAACCUGAAGUUCAAGCAGAAACAGCGUGAGGAACAGGCAGAGCCUGACGGCACAGAAGUUGCUGACAAGGCUGCGUACCUGAUGGGUCUGAACUCAGCAGACCUGCUCAAGGCCCUCUGCUACCCCCGAGUCAAGGUGGGAAAUGAAUAUGUGACCAAGGGCCAAACUGUGCAGCAGGUGAACAAUUCAGUGGGUGCCCUGGCCAAGGCAAUGUUUGAGAAGAUGUUCCUGUGGAUGGUUGUUCGUAUCAACCAACAGCUGGACACGAAGCAGCCCAGGCAGUACUUCAUUGGUGUCCUGGACAUUGCUGGCUUUGAGAUCUUUGAUUACAACAGCUUUGAGCAGCUGUGCAUCAACUUCACCAAUGAGAAACUGCAACAGUUCUUCAACCACCACAUGUUCGUGCUGGAACAGGAGGAGUACAAGAAGGAGGGAAUUGAAUGGACAUUCAUUGAUUUUGGGAUGGACCUGGCUGCCUGCAUUGAGCUCAUUGAGAAGCCCAUGGGCAUCUUCUCCAUCCUGGAAGAGGAGUGCAUGUUCCCCAAGGCAACUGACACCUCUUUCAAGAACAAGCUCUAUGACCAGCACCUGGGCAAGUCCAGCAAUUUCCAGAAGCCCAAGCCUGCCAAAGGCAAGGCUGAGGCCCACUUCUCCCUGGUGCACUAUGCUGGCACAGUGGACUACAACAUCUCUGGGUGGCUGGAGAAGAACAAGGACCCUCUGAAUGAAACUGUCAUUGGGCUGUACCAGAAAUCAUCUGUGAAGACCCUGGCUUUACUCUUUGCCAACUAUGGUGGAGCAGAUGCAGAGGCUGGUGGUGGCAAGAAGGGAGGCAAGAAGAAGGGUUCUUCUUUCCAGACUGUCUCAGCUCUUUUCCGGGAGAAUCUCAACAAGCUGAUGACCAAUCUGCGAAGCACUCACCCCCACUUUGUGCGCUGCAUCAUUCCCAAUGAGACUAAAACACCCGGUGCCAUGGAGCACGAGCUGGUGCUGCACCAGCUGCGCUGUAACGGCGUGCUGGAAGGGAUCAGGAUCUGCAGGAAAGGGUUCCCCAGCAGAGUCCUCUAUGCUGACUUCAAACAGAGAUACAAGGUGCUUAAUGCCAGUGCCAUCCCUGAGGGACAGUUCAUCGAUAGCAAGAAGGCUUCUGAGAAGCUCCUUGGGUCAAUCGAUGUGGAUCACACCCAGUACAAAUUUGGACACACCAAGGUGUUCUUCAAAGCUGGGCUGCUGGGGCUCCUGGAGGAGAUGAGGGAUGAGAAGCUGGCACAGCUCAUCACCCGCACCCAGGCCAGGUGCAGGGGCUUCCUGAUGAGGGUGGAGUACCAGAGGAUGGUGGAGCGCAGGGAAUCCAUCUUCUGCAUCCAGUACAACAUUCGUGCAUUCAUGAAUGUCAAACACUGGCCAUGGAUGAAGCUGUUCUUCAAGAUCAAGCCCUUGCUGAAGAGUGCAGAGUCUGAGAAGGAGAUGGCCAACAUGAAACAGGAGUUUGAGAAAACCAAGGAAGAGCUUGCAAAGUCUGAGGCAAAGCGGAAGGAGCUGGAAGAGAAAAUGGUGAAACUCGUGCAGGAAAAAAAUGACCUGCAGCUCCAAGUACAGGCUGAAGCAGAUAGCUUGGCUGAUGCUGAGGAAAGAUGUGACCAGCUCAUCAAAAACAAAAUCCAGCUGGAAGCCAAAAUUAAGGAGGUGACUGAAAGGGCAGAGGAUGAAGAGGAAAUCAAUGCUGAUCUGACAGCUAAGAAGAGGAAGCUGGAGGAUGAAUGUUCAGAGCUGAAGAAAGAUAUUGAUGACCUUGAGCUAACACUGGCCAAGGUGGAGAAGGAAAAACAUGCCACUGAAAACAAGGUGAAAAACCUGACUGAGGAGAUGGCAGCCCUGGAUGAGACAAUUGUGAAGCUGACAAAAGAGAAGAAAGCCCUCCAAGAGGCACAUCAGCAGACCCUGGAUGACCUGCAGGCAGAGGAAGACAAAGUCAAUACUCUGACCAAAGGCCCUUCCCAUUCUGCUCUGUGCCUGACCAUGCCAUUGAUCUUUGUGCCCACAGAGGAGAUUUCCGACCUCACGGAGCAGAUUGCGGAGGGAGGAAAGGCCAUUCAUGAGCUGGAGAAAGUGAAGAAGCAGAUUGAGCAGGAGAAAUCUGAAAUCCAGGCUGCUCUGGAGGAAGCUGAGGCCUCCCUGGAACAUGAGGAGGGGAAGAUCCUGCGCCUGCAGCUUGAACUCAACCAGGUGAAGGCAGAGAUUGACAGGAAGAUAGCAGAGAAAGAUGAGGAGAUUGACCAGCUGAAGAGAAACCACUUGCGAGUUGUGGAGUCCUUGCAGAGCAGUUUGGAUGCUGAGAUCAGGAGCAGGAAUGAAGCCCUGAGGCUGAAGAAGAAGAUGGAGGGAGACCUGAAUGAAAUGGAGAUCCAGCUGAGCCAUACCAACCGCCAGGCUGCAGAGGCACAGAAGAACCUGAGAAACACCCAGGCUGUGCUCAAGGAUACCCAGAUCCAUCUGGAUGAUGCACUUAGGACAAAGGAUGACCUGAAGGAGCAGGUGGCCAUGGUGGAGCGCAGAGCAAACCUGCUGCAGGCUGAAAUUGAGGAGCUCCGGGCAGCCCUGGAGCAGACGGAGCGGUCGAGGAAAGCAGAGCGAACCUCUCGCGCUAAAGCGGAGAAGCAUCGCGCUGACCUGUCCAGGGAGCUGGAGGAGAUCAGCGAGCGCCUGGAAGAAGCAGGAGGGGCCACAGCAGCUCAGGUGGAGAUGAACAAGAAGCGUGAGGCAGAGUUCCAGAAGAUGCGCCGUGACCUGGAAGAGGCCACGCUGCAGCACGAAGCCACGGCUGCCGCCCUGCGCAAGAAGCACGCGGACAGCACAGCUGAGCUGGGCGAGCAGAUCGACAACCUGCAACGCGUGAAGCAGAAGCUGGAGAAGGAGAAGAGUGAGCUGAAGAUGGAGAUUGAUGACUUGGCCAGCAACAUGGAGUCUGUCUCCAAAGCCAAGGCAAACCUGGAGAAGAUGUGCCGCACUCUGGAAGAUCAGCUGAGCGAGAUUAAGACCAAGGAAGAAGAGCAUCAGCGCAUGAUCAAUGACCUCAAUGCUCAAAGAGCUCGUCUGCAGACAGAGUCAGGUGAAUAUUCACGUCAGGUGGAAGAAAAAGAUGGUUUGAUAUCUCAGUUAUCCAGAAGCAAACAGGCAUUCACUCAACAGAUUGAGGAACUAAAGAGACAUUUAGAGGAAGAAAUAAAGGCAAAGAACGCCCUGGCCCACGCCCUGCAGUCUGCUCGCCACGACUGUGACUUGCUCCGGGAACAAUAUGAGGAGGAGCAGGAGGCCAAGGGGGAGCUGCAGCGAGCCCUGUCCAAGGCCAACAGUGAAGUGGCCCAGUGGAGAACCAAAUACGAGACGGACGCAAUUCAGCGCACGGAGGAGCUCGAGGAGGCCAAGAAGAAGCUGGCCCAGCGCCUGCAGGAUGCAGAAGAACAGGUUGAGGCUGUCAAUGCCAAAUGUGCCUCCCUGGAAAAGACAAAGCAGAGGCUGCAGAAUGAAGUGGAGGACCUAAUGAUUGAUGUGGAGAAAUCCAAUGCUGCCUGUGCUGCUCUGGAUAAGAAGCAGAAGAACUUUGACAAGGAGGAGCUGUCCAAUGUGAACCUGUCCAAGUUCCGCAAGAUCCAGCACGAGCUGGAGGAGGCCGAGGAGCGGGCUGACAUUGCAGAGUCACAGGUCAACAAGCUCCGAGCCAAGAGCCGCGAGUUCCAUAGGAGGAUAGAAGAGGAAGAACAAAUUAUUUUUAGUCAAUACAUUCACAGCAUUGAUGCUGAGUUAGCUUGUUUUGGGGAGGCAGCCCCUUACCUCCGAAAAUCGGAGAAGGAGAGAAUUGAGGCUCAGAACAAACCUUUUGAUGCCAAGUCAUCAGUCUUUGUGGUUCAUCCCAAAGAAUCCUUUGUGAAAGGCAAAAUUGAGAGCAGGGAAUCAGGCAAAGUCACUGUCAAGACUGAAGGGGGAGAGACCCUGACUGUGAAAGAAGAUCAAAUCUUCUCCAUGAACCCUCCCAAGUAUGACAAAAUCGAGGACAUGGCCAUGAUGACCCACCUGCACGAACCCGCUGUGCUGUACAACCUCAAAGAGCGUUACGCAGCCUGGAUGAUCUACACCUACUCGGGUCUCUUCUGCGUCACUGUCAACCCCUACAAGUGGCUGCCGGUGUACAACCCCGAGGUGGUGUUGGCCUACCGAGGCAAGAAGCGCCAGGAGGCCCCUCCACACAUCUUCUCCAUCUCUGACAACGCCUAUCAGUUCAUGCUGACUGAAAUUUUUGUGAACAGGAGUGUAAAUGCCACAGGGAAAAAACCUCACUGCCAAGAACUUUUGCAGUACUUCAUUGGUGUGCUGGACAUUGCUGGCUUUGAGAUCUUUGAUUUCAACAGCUUUGAGCAGCUGUGCAUCAACUUCACCAAUGAGAAGCUGCAACAGUUCUUCAACCACCACAUGUUCGUGCUGGAGCAGGAGGAGUACAAGAAGGAGGGCAUUGAAUGGGAGUUCAUUGACUUUGGCAUGGACCUGGCUGCCUGCAUUGAGCUCAUUGAGAAGAAGCCCAAGCCUGCCAAAGGCAAGGCUGAGGCCCACUUCUCCCUGGUGCACUAUGCUGGCACAGUGGACUACAACAUCACAGGGUGGCUGGAGAAGAACAAGGACCCUCUGAAUGAAACUGUCAUUGGGCUGUACCAGAAAUCAUCUGUGAAGACCCUGGCUUUACUCUUUGCCAACUAUGGUGGAGCAGAUGCAGAUGCUGGUGGUGGUGGCAAGAAGGGAGGCAAGAAGAAGGGUUCUUCCUUCCAGACUGUCUCAGCUCUCUUCAGAGAAAAUCUGAACAAGCUGAUGGCUAACUUGAGAAGCACUCACCCCCAUUUUGUCCGCUGUAUCAUCCCCAAUGAAACUAAAACACCUGGUGCCAUGGAGCACGAGCUGGUGCUGCACCAGCUGCGCUGUAAUGGCGUGCUGGAAGGGAUCAGGAUCUGCAGGAAAGGGUUCCCCAGCAGAGUCCUCUAUGCUGACUUCAAACAGAGAUACAGAGUACUUAAUGCCAGUGCUAUUCCAGAAGGUCAGUUCAUGGAUAACAAAAAGGCUUCAGAGAAGCUCCUUGGGUCCAUUGAUGUUGACCACACCCAGUACAGAUUUGGGCACACCAAGGUGUUCUUCAAAGCUGGACUGAUAGGUGUGCUAGAGGAGAUGAGAGAUGAGAAACUGGCAGAGAUUAUGACCAUGAUACAAGCCAGGUCCAGAGGCUUCCUGAUGAGAGUGGAGUACCAGAGAAUGGUGGAGCGGAGGGACUCCAUCUUCUGCAUCCAGUACAACGUUCGCUCAUUCAUGAAUGUCAAACACUGGCCAUGGAUGAAGCUGUUCUUCAAGAUCAAGCCAUUGCUGAAGAGUGCAGAGUCUGAGAAAGAAAUGGCCAACAUGAAACAAGAAUUUGAGAAAACCAAGGAAGAGCUUGCAAAGUCUGAGGCAAAGCGGAAGGAGCUGGAAGAGAAAAUGGUGGCCCUGGUGCAGGAGAAAAAUGACCUACAGCUCCAAGUGCAGGCUGAAGCAGAUAGCUUGGCUGAUGCAGAGGAAAGAUGUGACCAGCUCAUCAAAAACAAAAUCCAGCUGGAAGCCAAAAUUAAGGAGCUGACAGAAAGGGCUGAAGAAGAAGAGGAAAUCAAUGCUGAGCUGACAGCCAAGAAGAGGAAGCUGGAGGAUGAAUGUUCAGAGCUGAAGAAAGAUAUUGAUGACCUUGAGCUAACACUGGCCAAGGUGGAGAAGGAAAAACAUGCCACUGAAAACAAGGUGAAAAACCUGACUGAGGAGAUGGCAGCUUUGGAUGAGACAAUUGCCAAGCUGACAAAGGAGAAGAAAGCCCUCCAAGAGGCACAUCAGCAGACCCUGGAUGACCUGCAGGUAGAGGAAGACAAAGUCAAUACUCUGACCAAAGCCAAGACCAAGCUGGAACAGCAAGUGGAUGAUUCUGAGGAAGACAGGAAGAAUGUGCUGAGGCUGCAGGAUCUGGUGGACAAGCUGCAAAUGAAAGUGAAAUCCUACAAGAGACAAGCUGAGGAGGCUGAGGAGCUGUCCAAUGUGAACCUGUCCAAGUUCCGCAAGAUCCAGCACGAGCUGGAGGAGGCCGAGGAGCGGGCUGACAUUGCAGAGUCACAGGUCAACAAGCUCCGAGCCAAGAGCCGUGACAUUCACGGCAAGAAGAUAGAAGAGGAAGAUGACUCAGGUGUGACUAGAAAAAUAACAUCAUAUGAAGAGAAAGCAAGGAUAAUAAUUCCUGAUUACGCUGACAUGGCCGCCUUUGGCGAGGCGGCUCCUUACCUCCGAAAAACAGAGAAGGAGAGAAUUGAGGCCCAGAACAAACCGUUUGAUGCCAAGACCUGUGUCUUUGUGGUACAUCCAAAGGAGUCCUAUGUGAAGGGGAAGAUCGAGAGUAAGGAUGCAGGGAAGGUCACUGUCAAGUCUGAAGGUGGAGAGACCCUGACUGUGAAGGAAGACCAAGUCUUCUCCAUGAACCCUCCCAAGUAUGACAAAAUCGAGGACAUGGCCAUGAUGACCCACCUGCACGAACCCGCUGUGCUGUACAACCUCAAAGAGCGUUACGCAGCCUGGAUGAUCUACACCUACUCGGGUCUCUUCUGCGUCACUGUCAACCCCUACAAGUGGCUGCCGGUGUACAACCCCGAGGUGGUGUUGGCCUACCGAGGCAAGAAGCGCCAGGAGGCCCCUCCACACAUCUUCUCCAUCUCUGACAACGCCUAUCAGUUCAUGCUGACUGAUCGGGAGAACCAGUCCAUCCUGAUCACCGGAGAAUCCGGGGCCGGGAAGACUGUGAACACCAAGCGUGUCAUCCAGUACUUUGCAACAAUUGCAGCCAGUGGAGACAAGAAAAAGGAGGAGCAGACGUCAGGCAAAAUGCAGGGGACACUUGAGGAUCAAAUCAUCAGCGCCAACCCACUGCUGGAGGCCUUUGGAAAUGCCAAGACCGUGAGGAACGACAACUCCUCACGCUUUUCUGAGGAAGACAGGAAGAAUGUGCUGAGGCUGCAGGAUCUGGUGGACAAGCUGCAAAUGAAAGUGAAAUCUUACAAGAGACAAGCUGAGGAGGCUGAGGAGCUGUCCAAUGUGAACCUGUCCAAGUUCCGCAAGAUCCAGCACGAGCUGGAGGAGGCCGAGGAGCGGGCUGACAUUGCAGAGUCACAGGUCAACAAGCUCCGAGUGAAGAGCCGUGACAUGCAUGGCAAGAAGAUAGAAGAGGAAGAGUGA